AUGGUCUUCGCUGGGUAUCUAAUCCCACUCCUCGCCCUGUCAUCCCAGGCAUUGGCAAGCUACACCGGAAACCUCAACUACCGCAGCCCAUCCCUUCGCCACGCGCGCCUAGGAAUCGAUCUCGAAAAAGUUACAGCCCGAAGCCUCUCCAAGCGCGAUGAAGCCCCCUACGAACCCUCCCAGUUGAAUUUCACCCACGGCGUGGCGUCGGGUGAUCCCUAUGCUGACAGCGUGGUUUUGUGGACGCGCGUGGCGCCGAGUAUGGAGUCUGAUGAGAGCGAUGUUACUGUUUCUGGGGAUGUGCCGUUGUAUGACCAUGAGACGGAGGGGUAUGUGAGGGCUUCUGCGCAUCCGGUUUGUGUGAAAUAUCGGGUGUUUGAUGAGGAGGGGAAGAAAAAGGUGGUUGAUCAGGGGACGGUGUGGACGAGUAGUGAUAUUGAUUAUACGGUGAAGGUCGAAGCCAAGGGACUUGAUCCGUUCACCACAUAUUACUACCAAUUCAACACUGCUCCUGCUGCGGAUGGCGACACGGAGGAGAUCAAGCUCGCGGUCCAUUCUUGCAGCCAGUGGCCGAAUGGGUAUUUCAACUCGUAUGGAAAUGUUGUGAGAAAGGAUAACGUUGACUAUGUGGUUCACCUCGGCGACUACAUUUACGAAUACGGACCCGAUGCAGCUGAGAUCGAGCGAGUUCAUAGCCCUAGGCAUGAGAUCUUCACUCUGCAUGAUUAUCGGGCGCGUCUGGGACAGUAUCGCACUGAUCUCGACCUGGCUACAUCGCACCAGAAUUUUGCUUGGAUUCCGGUCUGGGAUGACCACGAAAUCGCCAACAACGGCUACAGAGAUGGAUUCAGCGGACUGAACAACACCGAAGAUUCCUUCUUGAACGUUGGACCCAAGGUCAGCAUUGACCAGCGCAAGAUGGAUGCCGUCGGGCGUACUUUGAGUGGAUGCCAAUUCGGAAGCAGCCAGGUCGACAUGGACGAUGGCCUCCGCAUCUGGCGCUCCUUCCAGAUGGGUAACUUGAUGGAUCUGAUAAUGCUGGAUACGAGGAACUAUGACCGCAGUAUCACAUCUCUCGGCUGGAACGACGAAUACAUCGAACGGAUUCAAAAUGACACCGGAAGAUCGCUCAUGGGAGCUCGCCAGGAAAACUGGUUCUACAGACACUUAUCCGACUCCGCCAGCCGAGGCACCACAUGGCGAGUAAUUGGUAGCCAGCUCAAAUUCUCUCGUCUUGAACAGGAAGUUGACGGUGGGGUUACCGUUAGCCUGGACUCUUGGGAUGGCUAUCGCGCACACUACAACCGCACACUCAAACACCUGUACGACAACAACAUCGGAAACAACAUCAUGCUCGCUGGUGACACGCACACAAACUGGGUCAGCGACCUCGCCUGGAUUGGUGAAAAGUCCUACGACAGCACCACUGGCAAGGGCGCCGUUGGCGUCGAAUUCGCCGGAACAGCAGUGUCCAGCGAAGAUUUCGGGGGCACUAUUAGCAGUGCCGAAGCUGAGGCAGCCACGUACAAGAAGAACGAGGAGAUGAGAUGGACUGAGGGAUACUACCGCGGUUGCUAUGAGCUGCAUGUUACGCAGAAUGAAGUGCAGGCUGAGUAUUUCGGGUGUCCUACUGUGGCCAGCCGUAAUGGAUGGGAUCUUCCUCUUGCCAACUUUACCGUCAAGACUGGGGAGAACCAUCUCGCGAGAUCUGUUGCUGGAGGAGAGGAGGUGGAGGCUGGGUACUUCCGGGAUGGAGAGGUGAAGCAUUCCAAUCUUACUCUUAACACGGAAACUGGCAAGUGGGAAGUGAUUGGGUUUGACCAGAUGUUUCUGAUGGUCUAGCCCGGAAGUUGUAUACUAGGAAUACCAUACUGGCAAAUAGUGAUGCUCAUUUGUUGUUCUUGUUGAAGAUACAGACUGGAACUUCCGUUGUAUCGUCAUAUGCUCCAAUA